AUGGCCCGGAAAGCAGUUAGCAGGAAGCGGAAAGCGGCGACGGCUGCCGCCGGGGGGCUCCAGGGGGAGCAGUAUGGGUGGGAUCAUUCAGUUCAGAAAAGGAAAAGACUCCCCCCAGUGAAAAGGUCUGUGGUGUACUACCUGAAAGGUAGAGAGGUCAGGAUGCAGAAUGAGUCCAGCUACCACCGUUUGUUGCAUGGGUAUGCAGCUCAGCAGCUUCCCAGCCUCCUGAAGGAGAGAGAAUUUCACCUUGGAAUCCUUAAUAAAGUAUUUGCCUCCCAGUGGCUGAACCACCGACAAGUGGUGUGUGGGACAAAAUGCAACACAUUAUUUGUAAUAGAUGUCCAGACCGGUCAAAUUACCAAGAUUCCUAUUCUGAAAGAUCGUGAACCUGGCAUGGUGAACCAGCAGGGAUGUGGUAUUCAUGCCAUUGAGCUCAACCCCUCAAGGACCCUUCUGGCCACAGGUGGAGACAACCCCAACAGUCUUGCAAUUUAUCAUCUGCCUACACUUGAUCCUGUGUGUGUGGGAGAUGAUGGACAUAAGGACUGGAUAUUUUCAAUUGCAUGGAUAAGCGAUACUAUGGCUGUUUCUGGUUCCCGGGAUGGUUCGAUGGGUCUAUGGGAAGUCACAGAGGAUGUGUUGUCCAAAAGCAAUGCCAGGCAUAAUGUCUCUCAAGUUCCUGUCUAUGCCCACAUAACACACAGGGCUCUGAAGGAUAUCCCUAAGGAGAACACCAAUCCUGACAACUGCAAAGUCCGAGCAUUGGCUUUCAACAAUAAGAACAAGGAGCUGGGAGCUGUGUCCCUGGAUGGUUAUUUUCAUCUUUGGAAAGCAGAGUACACAUUAUCAAAGUUACUUUCCACAAAGUUGCCAUACUGCAGGGAGAAUGUGUGUUUGGCUUAUGGUCAGGAGUGGUCAGUGUAUGCAGUAGGAUCACAGGCACAUGUCUCCUUUCUGGAUCCGAGGCAGCCUUCUCACAAUGUUAAAUCCGUCUGUUCCAAAGAACGCGGCAGUGGUAUUCGAUCGGUGAGCUUCUAUGAGCACAUCAUCACAGUGGGAACGGGGCAAGGUUCCUUAUUGUUUUACGAUAUCCGAGCCCAGAGAUUCCUGGAUGAAAAGCCCCCACGUGCCUGCUAUGGACAGAAGCAGAAAUUAGGAGGAAGUGAAAUUUUGAAGUUGACUACUGGGAAAGGCUGGCUGAAUCAUGAUGAAACCUGGAGGAAUUAUUUUUCUGACAUACAUUUCUUCCCAAAUGCUGUUUACACCCACUGUUACGACUCAUCUGGAACAAAACUCUUUGUGGCAGGAGGCCCCCUUCCAUCAGGACUUCAUGGGAAUUACGCUGGUCUCUGGAGCUAAUGAUAACUCUUCAUAAAUGCUGAUCUUUACACAGA